AUGCGUUUCUUCUCGUUUACUCUUCCAGCCCUCGCUGCUGCGGCCGCCGUCCCCAAAUCGUGCGAAAACCCAACAAAGCGUGUUGAAUGGCGACAGCUCGAUCAGUCCACCCGUCAACAAUACAUCGAUGCAGUUCUGUGUCUUGCGACAAUACCCUCGCGACUCGGCCUUAACUCGACUCUCUACAACGAUUUCCCUCAUGUUCACUCGCAUCUUGACAAGCAGAUCCACUCCGUUGCUUCUUUCCUACCUUGGCAUAGGUACUUUGUCCAUGUAUAUGAGGGUGCAUUGAAGAAAUGUGGCUAUGAAGGGGUCAUGCCGUAUUGGGAUUGGUCCCUCGAUAGCGACAAUGUCCCCAAGUCUGCCAUCUGGGAUGCAAAGACUGGAUUCGGUGGAAACGGUAGCCCAAACAGAACCGAGUCGAUCAACAAUGGAAGAGAUGUUAGGAAGUGUCUUGAUGACGGACCGUUCAAGGACCUCCAUCCCGAGUAUCUCGGCACUAAGAGGGAUCCCCAUUGCUUGUCUCGCAACUGGAACGACGGAACCAGCAACAUCGGAAAUAUGUUCUCUGACGCUUACACCCCUGAGACUGUCAAGAAAGUCCAAGCCGUUGACAACUACGACGAAUAUCGUUAUACUCUUGAGGGCGGUCCUCACGGUGCUAUCCACAGCUCUAUUGGUGGUGACAUGGUUCCCAACACUUCGCCUAGUGACCCCUUAUUCUUCCUUCACCACACCCAGAUCGAUCGUCUGUGGUCACUUUGGCAGCAGGAGGAUCCCAAGGUUCGCCUUAUCGAGUUUGCGGGUGACAAGACCCAAGAUCAAUUCGAUGGAACUAAGCCACCCCGCGCAUCUCUUGAUGACACCCUGCUUAUGAUGGAUUUGGCCGAUGAUCUGAAGGUCAAGGACAUGAUGACCACUGAGAACUCAUUACUCUGCUACCACUACUAG